AUGACGACCCCUGGUGCCGGACCUUCUUCUCCAACGACCAACUCAGUUCAGAAGCGGUCAAAAUGGCAUGAUAUUGAAGAGCCUCCCGUUCAUAUUGUGCCUAAAAAGCGAGCAAAGAAAUCAACUCGGGUCCGAGAGUCCUCACCGGACGUGCCUGCGCUCUCCAGAGAUCCGGAAGCUGAAGUAGCUCCCCAGGUUACGGCUCGCGCGCUACGGCCUGCGGAAGAAAAUCACAGUCAAUCAGUCUCUACUCGUAGUCGAUUUGUCCCCCCUAGAACAGCUCACCCUCCGAUUCAACCCUGCCGGUCGGUUUAUUGCUACGAAAGGUUGAAUCACAUCGAGGAAGGGACUUAUGGUGUGGUCUUUCGAGCUCGUGACAAGGAAACUGGGGAAAUUGUGGCCCUCAAAAAGCUCAAAUUAGAUGAAGAGAAAAACGGUUUCCCUAUCACCAGCUUGCGCGAAGUCAUGGCACUUAUGGUGUGUAAGCACGAGCAUGUCGUAGGUGUACGAGAGAUUGUUGUCGGGGAUACUUUAACGCAAGUCUUCAUCGUUAUGGAUUUUAUAGAGCAUGAUCUCAAACAAUUACUUACGCAAAUGCCUUCUCCUUUCCUUCAAUCAGAGAUCAAAACCUUGCUGCGACAGCUCAUUUCUGCUGUCGCCCACUGCCAUGCGAAUUGGGUCUUACAUCGCGAUCUCAAAACAAGUAACCUACUAAUGAACAACCGUGGCCAAAUCAAAGUUGCAGAUUUUGGACUUGCUAGGACAUUUGGAGAUCCACUCGGGGAUAUGACACAACUUGUUGUCACACUUUGGUACCGUGCGCCAGAACUCUUGUUAGGGGAAGCUGCAUAUUCUACCGCUGUGGAUAUGUGGUCUGUAGGCUGUAUAUUUGGAGAGCUGUUACUUCAUGAGCCAUUAUUCCAGGCCAAGGGAGAAAUGGAGCUACUGUCAAUGAUUUUCAAACUGCUAGGCCACCCGGAUGAGAAAUCAUGGCCUGGAUUUUCCAAGUUACCCCUGGCGAAAACGGUUAAUACCAGUGCCGCUUGGCCGUCAACUCUCAGAACUAAAUUCCCUCACCUCACCCGUGCGGGUCUCGACCUACUGUCUAGUUUAUUAGCCUACGAUCCGGCUCAACGUAUUAGCGCAGAGGAGGCGCUCAACCACCCUUAUUUUUCGGAAUCCCCAUUGCCCAAACAUCCCUCUUUGUUCGGCUCAUUCCCAUCUGUCGCCGCUGGAGAAAAACGCCGGAAACCCGACAGCCCUUCAGCGCCCAGUCGCAUUGCUGACUACAAGCUGCUUAUGGACUUUGACUUGCCCUGA